CUUCUUUGAUACCUCCAUAUGGCAUGCCUGGUCGAUAUUGUAUAAACGAAGGUUAUGUGCAGUAAGGAUGAUUCUUACAACAAACACUCAGUUGCUGCAACCAUCUCCAAUUACUGGAAACGUUGAUGGUUUUAUCGCUUUUCGAAUAAAAGUAAAUAUUAAAUUGGAAAAAAUUUCUUUUUUUUGAGUAAAUUCUCUACUUCUUUUGCUGAACGACUUCUGCCUACAUAAGAAAAUCAACAAACAAUGUCAGAAUCCGUACAACCCCAAUCUUCUGAGAAGCAGGUUCCUUCUUCUUUAGCAGCUUCUACAUCUAAUAUUCCAAAUGAAUUGUUUUUGGGACCAGAUGGACGUCCGAUUCCUCUUGAAAGACAAGGUUCGAAUCAACAGUCUCAUAAAAACGUGCCUCGAGCUCUGGUAAACGAAGACGAUAUUAUGGCUGUCGAAGGAAUUAUGAAUCAUGGUGGUAGUAAUGAAAAGCCAUCCUUAUCUCAUACACCUAGCUUCGUGGACCUCCAGGCUGCUCACCAAAACCAUCUUACUGAAAAUGGUCGAAAUUUUGGUACCUCAAGAUUAGACGACGUAGCUCCCAAUGCGGAUGGCAUUCGUCGUUUACGCACUUCUGCCUCAUCCUCUGGGUUAUCUGCGGCCCUUCGUCAUGCCAAUAGCGAACCCAGGAUUGCUUCUACCCUUUCUUUACCUGCCAUGGAACAAAAGGCCCAUUGGGAGCGUGAAACACCUGAAAUUUGUGUUCCGCUAAACCCAGAUACUGGUUCUGUGCCGAUCAUUGAUCCCGAACAAACUGAUCGUGGCCUCCCUUAUGCACCUGAUGAGAAGUUCGUUAACUCUGGAUCUCGCAAGUUGCCCAAAAAUAUAUCUUUGGAUGAGCUCUCUCGCUCACCCUCUAAACAUGUUGAUGAGAACGGCAACCACAGCGAUUGUGCCCCUCCUGAGCCUUGGGAAAAUGAAUAUAACGAAGUGUUGGAUGACGUGGAACGUGCUGCAGAAGGUACUUCUCCUCUUCCUUAUACUUCCAAACCUUUAGCAGAGGAUCGCCAGCGCUCUCAUAGUAACCUCACUGAAUCUGAUAACUUAUGUGGCUUGACGGCUGGUAAGAGCGAACCAAUGCCAGAUAUUGAUCCUUCGACUACAAUUGACGAGAACAGCUCCCUUGAGCCUCAACAGGGAUUCUAUACUAAAGAUGGUGAAGGUACGGCUGGCAUGCCUUUUGACGUCGUCAGUAAUUUGACCAUACCAAACGAAAAUGCUCACCACACUUCUUCGGACAAGAGGAAACCAUCCAAUGCCGAGUCUAAGAAGGCAACCUUUCAACUUCAAUCUCCUUCUACCACUACCUCCAAUACUCCCAGUGUUUCCCGGGAACUGAGCAUCGCUGGUUCUUUCAAUGGUCACUGGGAUGCUCAGGAGGAAACAAAGAAGGAACAGCCGAAAAAGGAGAAUUUUAUACAAUCAGAUAUCGUUGAUUCCUCGACUCGUGAUGCUAUCGAAGAGAAGCAUGAAGCGGAGAGUAAAUUAGAGACGAAUACACCGGACGCUACUCCUUUGGAAGAGAAGAUUGAGUCGGUCCCUUCUUCGGAUGGUGUUGAAACUCCUGCCGCAAACGAAGCUUCUCCUCGUCCUAACGCACGUCCCAACAAGUUUACCGGAUCUCGGGCUGGUUUCGUCGCAGCAUUGGAAUCCCGUCUCCAAAAGGGCCCUUUGAUGCGAGCCUAUGCCCCCAAACCGAAGACUCCAACCCGUUCUGAUUCCGAAACUUCUGAAGUAACUGGAGCUAGUGAAAACAAAAAUGAUAUCACUGAGAAGGAUGCUGAACGUUCUACUACUCCCUCAGCUUCCCUUCCUGAUGCACGCAAAACCCGUGCACGUGGACCUACCCGUCGGCCUCCUACUAUGGCAGCCACUAAGCCAGCCUUUUCUAUAAGUGCCAUGGACGUGUUUUUAGAGUUCCCUCAGUCUAACUGCUAAACACUACGUAAAUAAGUUUAGCUUUCAGCCAUUGAAUCUCCUGCAAUAUACCAUUGAAGCUUUAUUAAAAGGUACAUUCAAGUAUUGCCCAUAAUUUAUUUUGGUAAAUGAGUCUAGCAUACAGAAGUUGCUACUUUCCCGUUAUGUCAGCUAUGAAUAUUCACAAUUCAACUAUAUGUUUACCUGUCUUUUUUUUCUUCUUUUUUCAGAAGAUUUUGAUACCAGUUACAUGAGCCAAAUGAUUUUCUUUUGAAUUAUUAAGAAGUUUCUGAUCCUCCUUUUUGAAGUUACGCUACUUUAAUGAAAUAAAGACAAGACAUAC